AUGCCUCACCGCCGUGAUCGUUCUUAUUCCUCUCCGGUUCUCUCCCCUCCGGUUCUCAUCAUUCUCUUACCCAUUUUAACAUUUGUGUUUCUCUUCUUUGCUAUUCCUCCCGUUGUUUCUUUUACUUCUCACAUAUUUCAUCCAUUCACUAUAAAGAAGAGUUGGGAUUCUUUAAACAUAUUCCUUGUUCUGUUUGCGAUUCUUUGCGGAAUCUUCGCUAAGAGAAACGACGACGAUUCAACUGGUGCUACUGCUACUACUACCGAAAACGGUGUCGUUUUCACUCCGAAUGUUUCGGACCACGUUGGGAAUGCGAGGAUUGGUCCUCCAAUUAGUGUCUCGGAAUCCGUUUCCCAAGAAUGGUUUGGAUUUUCUGAUCAAAAUGCAAGCAAAAAUAGUAUUAAUAAUACGUAUGGCGAUCAAAUUAAUCGGACGCCGCCUGGUUCUGCAACACUUCGGUUGAGGAGGAGUAGUAGCUCGUAUCCAGAUCUAAGACAAGAAUCUGUUUGGGAUGAUAAUAGAGACGAUCAGAAAUUUCAGUUCCGAUUCUUUGAUGAUUUGGAGAUCAAGAAGUACCGCCAAACGAUGUCGUUUGAUCAUCGACAUCGAUCAAGGCAACGAAGCAAAGUUGAAGAAGAUGAAAUUAAAGAAGUUCCAGUUGAUACUUUUGUUGUUCGUCCUUCUACGCCCCCUAAGUCGCCGGCUCCUCCUCCUCCGCCGCCUCCGCCUACAGCACAGAACAAUCAUUUGAAAUCGAGAAGAACGUUUCGAUCAGUUGAGCUGAGAGAGAAGAUGGAGAAGCGAGACGAAAAUGGUGACGGUGAUACAGAAUUCACUAAAGCUCGAUCUCCACCACCUAUGCCGCCGCCUCCUCCUCCCAGACCUCCGCCGUCACCGGCGAGAAUUCGGCUAGAUCAGAAGAAACUAGAAAGAAAAAAGAGCAAUGUGAAAAAAGAAAUAACCAUGGCUAUAGCUUCGCUGUAUAAUAAGAGAAAGAGGAAGAAGAAGCAGAGAAUCGCGAACGAUAAUUACGAUUUUUCCAUUCAGUCUUCUCCAAGUGAACAUCUACAGUCUCAUUACACAAAAGUACCGCCGCCUUCACCACCUCCGCCACCACCUCCACCUCCACCGCCGUACUCCGUUUUCCAUAAUCUGUUCCGGAAGGGAACCAAAAGCAAGAGAAUUCACUCAGUCCCUCCGCCUCCGCCUCCACCGCCGAGACCAAUUAUUCCGUCGGUAACGUCAUCAUCGCGUUCCUCUAGAACGAUAAAUCAAUCAGUAUCUCCGCCCGCUCCUCCACCACCUCCUCAGUCCGAACAUUUACGCAGGAGAACCACCGGCCGACCUCCACUGCCAGCGAAGUCGAGCGCUUACUACGAAGAUAAUAUGAAUAGCGGCUGCCAGAGCCCGCUGAUUCCGAUGCCUCCACCACCUCCUCCGCCGUUCAAAAUGCCGGAGUUCAAGUACCUGGUUAGUGGAGACUACGUUAAAAUUAGAAGCGCUCAAAGCUCUCGUUGCGGCUCCCCUGAGCCAAUGGACGACGCUGAUUCAUCGUCAAUUACCAAAGAAGAAUCAGAGUCGGUCAACGUGAUCAACGGUGGAGAUGGUCUUGGGUCAGUGUUCUGUCCCAGCCCUGACGUUGACAUCAAGGCCGACACUUUCAUUGAAAGAUUGUACGAUGGGUGGAGGCUUGAGAAGAUAAACUCGAUCAAGGGAAAACGGAAGCUGUGA